AUGCGCAGUAAGGGCCCGCCGCCGCUCCAGUGUCGCCGCUACCGCCGCCUCCCAGCCGGCAAGUGUGGGAAGGAGGAGCUGAGCGCCACCGCCGCCGUUGUCGCCAUGGGGAGGAAGUCAAGCAAAGCAAAAGAGAAGAAACAGAAGCGGCUGGAGGAGCGAGCAGCCAUGGAUGCUGUCUGUGCCAAAGUGGACGCCGCCAACAGGCUUGGAGACCCACUGGAGGCUUUCCCAGUGUUCAAGAAAUACGACCGGAAUGGGUUGAACGUCUCUAUUGAAUGUAAGCGCGUGUCCGGCCUGGAGCCGGCCACCGUGGACUGGGCCUUCGACCUGACCAAGACCAACAUGCGGACCAUGUACGAGCAGAGCGAGUGGGGCUGGAAGGACCGAGAGAAGCGCGAGGAGAUGACGGACGACCGAGCCUGGUACCUCAUUGCGUGGGAAAACCGAUCGGUGCCCGUCGCCUUCUCUCACUUCCGGUUUGAUGUGGAGUGCGGUGAUGAAGUCCUGUACUGCUACGAGGUGCAGUUGGAGAGCAAGGUGCGGCGGAAAGGCCUGGGGAAGUUCCUCAUACAGAUUCUGCAGCUCAUGGCUAACAGCACACAGAUGAAGAAAGUUAUGUUAACGGUAUUUAAGCACAAUCAUGGCGCCUACCAGUUCUUCAGAGAAGCGCUGCAAUUUGAAAUCGAUGACUCUUCCCCAAGCAUGUCCGGUUGCUGUGGGGAGGACUGCUCCUAUGAGAUCCUGAGCCGGAGGACCAAGUUUGGGGACAGCCAGCACUCCCAUUCGAGUGGGCACUGUGGCGGCUGCUGCCACUGAGUCCGAAGCCGGAACGCGCUCUCCAAGGCCUGUCCUCUCCCCGGUCUCACGCCACUUGCCAGGCGGCCUCCUCAGCCCCGACCCUGGGGAGGGGUGGUCCGCCUGCCCCCCUGCUUUCCCCUGGAAGGGCAGGCUGCCCGGAGGGGCAGCGAGGAGCCGGGCACCCGGCGCGUCCUCUCACAGUGGCUGCCUUCUCACGUGGCCCUUGGCCCUGAGCGUGGGGCUCUGUGACCUCCCUGCCGCCGAAUUCCUGACAGGCCCCCUCCCCGCCACACACACAGCUGGACGAAUGGAGCGUUUGUUCACAGCUUCGUGAAAAUCCUGGAGCCCUGGGUCAGGGUCUGGCUGGUUCCCAAAGAGGAAUGGGCUCGGCGUAGGAUCUUGUGCCGAGAGAGGCUUCAGAGUGGCUCCUCCUGUUCGGUGGAGGGGACGCUCGACGGAGACCCCUGGAAAGCCUUUUGUGUCACAACUCCGGGGAGCAAGGGUGCUCUUCCUGGCUGUGCCUUUGUGGAUCCGCAGUUAGAGUGGAGUUGUCCCAGGGACCAGCCGGCUCUGGGAGGGGUUGUCAGCGAGAUGCCGAGGGGCCGGGAAGCCGCGUCAGUGGGGCCUGUGCGGGAACCAGGGCUUCUCUGGCUUCUGACCAGGCUGCAUCCCGAGCUUGGCCUCGUGAUCUCAAGGUGGUGACCCGAGGUUUUUAUCCAUAGGAAAGAGCUGGAGCCUGGCCUGCUCAUCUCCAUCCCCUCUCGGUGCCUCUCUGCCUCUCGCCUGCCCCCUGCCCCUGCCCCGAUCUGACUCUCAAGGGGGAAAUAACAUCAGGGAGCCCCUCGUCUUCCCCCUUAAGGCCCCUCGUUCCUGCCAUAUUUAAUGCUGUUUCCUCUCAUCUUGGUGCUGUUAGCUCUCUGAGGGUGGGUCUCCUUCCCCACCACCAUCCCCCCUGCCCCCCAGCCUUCAGAGAGCCCCCAGCCAGCAGCAGGCCUGCCUGCACCCCCAGCCUGGCCCCUGCUCCCUCAGGGAGGCCCGCCCUGGCUGGCAGCACAGGACGCGGCCCCACAGCUGCUCUUCUCCCUGGUGCCGCCAAUGGUGGCAGGUGGGCGGGGAAGCCCCUUCCUCUCUCGUGGGGUGGACAGGGCAUGGGGUCAGAGCUCAGGCUACCCCUCAUCCCCAGACCUUACUCCCCUUCCAGGGAAGAGAAUGACCAAAUCCUUAUCCAGGAAAAAGCACCUGCUUCCUCCCCUGGGACAGCCUGGAGCUCUGCCUUCCAGAGUAUCCCAAAGGUCCUGCCUGCGGAGUGUUGCUCCCAGGAGGUUGGUCAGUGCUUCUGACCUCAGUCCACUCACACCCCAGCCCCUGCCCUGGCUCAGGCCACCUGUGCAGGCCCGUCUCCCCGAAGCUGCUCUGGCUUCUCCCAGGCUCCCACAUGUGCGGGGCUAGGGCACACAGCCUCCCCACUGAGUGCUCUGCAGUGCUCUUGACUGGCCAGCAGUGGACAUGGCACUCCCUUGGAGAGGGCCCCGUACCUUCACAUUGGAGCAAACCCACCUUUGCCCCACUUGGCUGGCUCCCAGCAGUUUUUACCCAAAGGGGAGGGUUUUCAUUGCUGGGAGGAUGUUAGAGGGUUCCUUCCAAGAAUCGUGAAACAACGGAAGCAUAUUCAGGAAGAGCUUUUCCUUUGAUCCCUGCUGUCAAAGGACACACAGAAUGAUAAACAUUCAUCAUUUUAGAACAUGGAUUUCUGAUAACCUCCCACUCACAGGGCCCCAGAGGGACCCCAGUGUAAAUCCCACAUAAAGGGAGGGAAGCGUCCAUGUCUCUCUCCCUUCACUGGACACCUGGCACUGAGCCCCGUUGGUCAAUGGACACUGGUGUGGGCCAUGCCUGUCUAGCCCCCUCUGCCGCCACCCACAGGCUGCUGGGGAUGGGGGUCAGGCUGGGCAGGGAGGCACAGCCUGAGGCUUGUAGGUCACCCUGUUGCCAAUGAGCCUGUUCAGUUUUCAGCCAUCAGUCUCCAUUUCCGCAAGGUCUUGGUUUUAAGAAACAGCAGGUCUUGUACCAGGCUUUCUGGUUUGUUGUUUGCUGCUGCCCAGUCGCUUCAGUCGUGUCCGACCCUGCGACCCCAUAGAUGGCAGCCCACCAGGCUCCCCCAUCCCUGGUGGUUUGUUCGGGGAAUGUUAAAAAAUAUUAAUUUGAGACUUGUUUUUUAGUUGUUUUCCACUCUAUUUCAGGUUAUUUUCAUUGAUGUCAGAUGUAUACAUGACGUGUGUGGUUCUUUUUAACCUUUCCUGUUUUUUUUUGGUUUUUUUUGGUUUUUUUAGAGGAAACUUUGGAGAUAAAAUGCCUUCUUGAUAUAUAUAUAUAUAUAUUUUUUCUUUAGCAACUUGUUAUCACUGGAAUCAAAGGGAAAAGUGAUCUUUUUUUUGCAUUGGUUGUGUUUGUGUGUCACAAAUAAAAGACACUUUGUUC